CAUUCUGUCUGUUGGAAGUGAUUGUUUCACUGUAUCAGGUUAAUUUUGGUCAUAGUUAAAUGUUGCUAGAAGCCACAGCAGACUAAACAACAUAUUGAUUGAUUUUUUUCUGACUAUAAGUUCAAUGCACAAGGCUUGAGCUCCAUUAAAUCCUCCAGCAAUACAGAAGCUCUCUUUUGACAUUCUCUGAAGUCUCUGACAGAGGCUGAGACGUUUUAUUAGAUAUCAUAAUGUUAUUACUUGACACAUUUUAGUGCUAAGAUGGCCAAGUAACCAUGGGAGACUGGAAUUUUCUUGGUGGCAUCUUGGAGGAGGUCCAUAUUCAUUCCACUAUUAUUGGGAAGGUCUGGUUAACUAUCCUAUUCAUAUUUCGAAUGCUUGUCCUAGGAGUGGCAGCUGAAGAUGUCUGGAAUGAUGAGCAAUCAGAAUUCAUAUGCAAUACAGAGCAACCUGGCUGCAGAAAUGUUUGCUAUGACCAGGCCUUUCCUAUCUCUCUCAUAAGAUAUUGGGUCUUGCAAGUUAUAUUUGUAUCUUCACCUUCCUUAGUCUAUAUGGGUCAUGCUUUAUACAGACUCAGAGCCUUAGAAAAAGAGAGACAAAAGAAGAAGGCACAAGUAAGAAUGGAACUUGAAGGAGUUGAACUAGAAAUGAUUGAAGAUCGGAGAAGAUUGGAACGAGAACUCCGGCAACUGGAGCAAAGAAAACUCAACAAGGCACCCCUGAGAGGCUCCUUGCUCUGCACUUAUGUGAUACAUAUUUUUACUAGAUCUGCAGUUGAAAUUGCGUUUAUGAUUGGCCAAUAUCUUCUUUAUGGUUUUCAGCUCGAUCCUCUUUAUAAAUGUGAGAGAGAGCCAUGUCCAAACAUAGUUGACUGUUUUAUAUCAAGGCCAACUGAAAAAACAGUGUUCAUAUUAUUUAUGCAGUCAAUAGCAAUUGUAUCCUUGUUUUUAAACAUCUUAGAAAUUGUUCAUUUAGGGGUCAAAAAAAUCAAAAAGGGACUUUGUGGGCCAGAUAAAAGCAGGGAUGACUUUGAUGAUUUCUAUGUUAGUAAAUCCAAGAAAAACUCUGUAAUACCCCACUCUUAUAUGGGAACAUGUGCAACGCCACAAAAAAUUCAUCCCUCUGCCCCUAUUAGUUAUACCAUGUUAAUGGAAAAACAAAUUGGGACCGCAGUCCGUGAUGUUCUACAUUCAUCUUCUGCAUUCCAAUCUCUUAAAAACAACCAUACUGAAAAUAGCAACAAUCGCAUCCAUGAUGAACGGGAAAGUAAAUUGCCAGAUGAAAUGCCAACUAAUACAUUGGACUGUCCUCCUCGAAAUACCUGCUCAAAUAAUAAUGAUGGCUUAAACAAGGUAUUUGGGACAGAAAUUAAUGGUUGUCAACAACAUGAUGAAAAGAAACAUGGCAUGCAUUCUAAUCUAGUUGCUGCUCCGGGUCUGUGCUUGGGAAGCCUGUCUGAAUUAACAUCUGGAAGUUCAUUGCAACCUGAUAUGACUUCCACUAUUUCAGUUAACUGUGUUCGAAAGCUACGUGGAGUCAGUUCCCCAUGGAACUGUUCUACAGUGGUUGAGAGUGAAGGGUCACCAACAGAGUCUCCUUCCACAAACAGCAACCGAGGACAAGACAGCUUCAGUGGAAGCAUAGCACAAGGCCUUUCCAGCACUGACUUAAGAAAAAUCAGCAGACCAGACACUCCUGACUCCCUAGGCGAACUAAGUUCAGAAUCCAAACAGGGCAGAAAUUGUGAAAGUCCUCAGGCUCUCUCUCCCUCACGGCGAAUGUCACUGGCAAGUAAUGCCAGCAGCAGGCGUGCCCCCACCGAUCUUCAGAUCUAAGUGUUUGUUACCUUACCUGUGUGCUACAUGCAUGAGCACUGAAGGAAAUAGAGGCAUUACUGGACACCCCUGUAGCGUGAGUUGUAGCUUUUUGUCAUUGUAGCUAAGUCAAUCAUUUUUCUCCAGCUCUUUUGGAGUAUGUCUCCACAGCAGUGUUAUUUGGGAAUAAUUGACGUUAUUCCAAAAUAACAUAGUGCUCAUCUUCACU